AUGGCAAGGCUGAAUGUCCGUCAGCCUUCGUCUGACGGCGAAAGUGAAGGAUGCUCCUCUUCUCCUCCUCGCGAAUCACCUCCUACAACCACCCCCUCCUCUCCAAUACGAUCUCUUGACUCUGAUAAGGAGAACCGUCAUCGAUCAGGUGCGAAUAAAGGAAAGCGCAAAAGUGACGUUGCAGCGAUGGACGAUAAUGAGGAUUUGAAUCCAACCAGUGCCAACAAGCGGAGGAAGGAGAGUGGCGCGAAUCUCCAAAGUCAGGCUGCACGGCAAAAACAGCUGGAACGGCUGGACAGAAGAUACUACGACCCAGAUCAAGAUCCUGAAGCCCGCAGAGAGGUUCGCAAAAACUUUCGCAAACUUUACUCCAAGUACAACGAUUCCAAGACCGAUUAUCUUAAGCCGGACAACAAGGGCCUGGAAGAAACCCUUCGCGAGGCGGACAAGCUCUACCAGGAUGUCAAACAAACCUCAGAUGCUACCAUUGAUUCUCGGUUACUGGUAGAGGUGGCCGACUUUUCAUACAAAAAAAUCAACAAUCUGACGCUUGGAAAUGUGACAAGUGGGAUAGAUGUCGAUGACUUUAUUACCAAAUGCAUCGCUUUCAUGAAAAGAGGUGAUGAGGCAGGUCACAGAGACAAUGAGAAUGUUCCUACCUAUACGCAGUCCCAAUAUCUACGGCACAGGGCUCGAGGGGAUGAAGAUGAAAAUGAAGGCGAUACCAUGAAUUGGGAGUACCUUGGGCGGAAUGCGUGCUUUCUGUACAAUGCUCGCCCGUGCUUGAGCGGAUUUCUCCUUGGCCCUCUCUCGGUUCAAAAGAAGGUGCGGCAGCAAACACAACGAAAAGCUCGAGAGGCACGUAGUCAGAAUACACAAGCAACACGACCGAUGCAACUUGUUGAUGAAGAUUUAGAGAAACAAGAAUCUGCUAGUCUCACAGUUGUCUGCACGGAAAUUGCUCGGCUUCUUUCGAAUGCACAGGAAAAGGGCAUGGAGAAUGCAGAGAAAGAAUUCUCGGAGUUUACAGGCGAUCCUUCUGAUGAAGAGGCUGCGGAGAUUCUGCGUCGCAAUAACAUGGCGGACAAUGGGUGUGUCCCACUGUUCAACUUCUGCGUGAACCCUAGAUCGUUUGGGCAAACCGUCGAAAACAUGUUUUACGUGAGCUUUUUGAUCAAGGAAGGAAAGGUCGGGCUGGACUUUGAUGGGAACGGUCUGCCUACACUUGGGAUUGCAGCAACACGGUCGGUUGCCGAGAGACAAGAAACACAACGAAAUCAGGCGGUGUUCGCCAUUGACUUUGAUACAUGGGAAGAUAUUACUAGGAGCUUCGGUAUUGAGAGAUGUAUUGUACCUCAUCGGAAAGAGGAGAAGUACGACGAUGGCAUUGUCGAUUAUGCUCAAAUGGAGGACGAUUCGGCUCGAGAGGUAGAACAAGAAGACUCAGAUUUAUACGGGUGA